UCGGGGACUUUUUCUUCUGCUUUCUUUUGCCUCCGGAGCUUCCGGCCUAAACCAUCGCUUUGGCGUGAGGCUCCUAGAUGGGGAUUCCUGCUUCGGAAAGCUUUUUCUAGAGGGGUGAGGUGACGCUUGGAGGAGGCGCCUUUUCCACCUGAGGAGGCUGGCGGAGGGAGACGCUUUGUUGUUGAUGGAGCAGCCUCAGUGGAGGGUAUUGAGAAAGUCCAAGAUGGCGGUGGCUGCCAGGCCGCGGGGACCCGGCAGGCCCUGAGUCCAGGGAGGGUGGGGGACGAGAGCCACGUUGGGCCUGGGGAGGCGCCGGGGAGACCCCGGGGAGGAGGCGCGGGGGCGAGGCCAGCGGGAGCCGGGACCAAGGAGAGCAGCUACGGCUGAGCGGCCUGGUCACCCCCGCCCGUCAGGCCUGCGGCUCGAGUGAGGGGGAGGGGCCGGGCAUGGCCCCCUGAGGGGCCCCCCAGGGAGGAAGGAGCGGGUGGGGGGCAUGGAGUCCAGAGAGGAGCAGGGGGAGCAGAGCGAAGGGGGAGACCAAGGGGCCUGGGGCGAAAAGGGCCCCCCUGCGGACCAGGGAGACUGGGGGGCCCGCGGGGAAAAGGGGGAGCGAGGGGCCCGGGGCUCGAGGGCGGAGCGAGGCCCUUCAGGUGAAAGGGGGGAUCAUGGGGAUUGGGGGGAACGUGGCUUCAAGGCAGAGAAGGGCGAGCGGGGUGCCAAGGGUGACCGGGCUCCCCGGAGUGACAAGAGUGAGCAGGUGGAUGGGGGUCCCCGGGGUGACAGAGCUCUUCGGCCUCCUAGAGCCUCAGACCUGACAGACCGUGGAUUGUGGGGGGCAGAGCAAGGUGAAUGGGUGGACCGUGGGCUGCCCUGGGCUGGGGAGCCUGACCCCCUGUUGCCUCCUGAGGAUUUCUUGCCGCCCCCCGAGUGUCCAGUCUUUGAGCCUAGUUGGGCUGAAUUCAGCGAUCCACUAGGGUACAUAGCCAAGAUCCGGCCCAUCGCAGAAAAAAGUGGCAUCUGCAAGAUCCGCCCUCCCGCUGACUGGCAGCCUCCUUUUGCUGUGGAAGUGGAUAACUUCCGGUUUACCCCACGGAUACAGAGGCUUAAUGAAUUGGAGGCACAGACCAGGGUGAAGCUGAACUAUUUAGAUCAGAUUGCAAAGUUCUGGGAGAUCCAAGGCUCUGCACUGAAAAUCCCCAAUGUAGAGAGGCGAAUUCUCGAUUUGUACAGCCUGAGCAAAAUUGUGAUGGAAGAAGGUGGCUAUGAAGCCAUCUGCAAGGAUCGCCGGUGGGCACGAGUGGCCCAGCGCCUUUCCUAUCCAUCAGGGAAGAACAUUGGCUCUCUCCUUCGCUCCCACUAUGAGCGCAUUAUCUACCCUUAUGAAAUGUACCAGUCUGGUGCCAACCUGGUGUGCAAUACCCACCCAUUUGACAAUGAGGAGAAGGACAAGGAGUAUAAGCCACACAGCAUCCCAUUGCGCCAAUCAGUGCAGCCUUCAAAGUUCAACAGCUAUGGGCGUCGGGCCAAGCGUCUGCAGCAGGAGGAAUCUGAAUCGUGCCCUGAACCUGCCAGCGCCACAGCUCUGUUACCCGAGCAAGCGCCUCGAGCAUGGCCAGAGCCAACAGAGGAAGACAUUGAGAAGAAUCCGGAGCUGAAGAAACUGCAGAUUUAUGGUGCUGGUCCAAAAAUGCUGGGUCUGGGCCUUGUGGCCAAGGACAAAAACUUGCGCAAGAAAGACAAGGAGAUGCCUGAAUGCCCUCCAACAGUGAUCGUGAAAGAGGAGACCCCUGUUCCAGAGACAAAGCUGGAGCCCACCUCACCCCGAGGCUAUGCAAAUAUGAAAGAGGAGCUGAGGCACAGUCCGGAACCUUGCACCAAGAUGACGAUGCGCCUACGUCGCAACCACAACACUCAGUUUAUUGAGUCUUACGUGUGUCGGAUCUGUGCACGGGGAGAUGAAGAUGACAAGCUGUUGUUAUGUGAUGGCUGUGAUGACAACUACCACAUCUUCUGCCUCUUGCCACCUUUGCCUGAGAUUCCGAAAGGAGUCUGGAGGUGUCCCAAAUGUGUCAUGGCGGAAUGCAAGCGCCCCCCAGAGGCUUUUGGAUUUGAGCAGGCCACUCGGGAGUACACACUACAGAGCUUUGGGGAGAUGGCAGAUUCUUUCAAGGCUGACUAUUUCAACAUGCCUGUACAUAUGGUGCCAACAGAGCUGGUGGAAAAGGAGUUCUGGCGCUUGGUGAACAGCAUUGAAGAGGAUGUGACAGUGGAGUAUGGUGCUGACAUCCAUUCCAAGGAAUUUGGAAGUGGCUUCCCCAUCAAUGAUGGCAAAAGGCAGCUCUCUCUGGAGGAAGAGGAGUACGCAGCCAGCGGCUGGAACCUCAAUGUGAUGCCGGUGCUGAAGCAGUCAGUGCUCUGCCACAUCAAUGCUGAUAUUUCAGGCAUGAAGGUACCGUGGCUCUAUGUGGGCAUGGUGUUCUCUGCCUUCUGCUGGCACAUCGAGGAUCAUUGGAGUUACUCAAUUAACUACCUCCAUUGGGGUGAGCCCAAGACCUGGUAUGGGGUCCCAUCCUUUGCAGCUGAACAUCUGGAAGAGGUCAUGAAGAAACUAACUCCAGAACUGUUUGAAAGCCAGCCAGACCUGUUGCACCAGUUGGUGACGCUCAUGAAUCCCAACACUCUCAUGGCUCACGGGGUCCCAGUUGUCCGGACCAAUCAAUGUGCUGGAGAGUUUGUUAUUACCUUCCCUAGAGCCUAUCACAGUGGUUUUAACCAGGGCUAUAACUUUGCCGAAGCAGUCAACUUCUGCACUGCCGAUUGGUUGCCAGCUGGUCGCCAGUGCAUUGAGCACUACCGCCGCCUCCGCCGCUACUGUGUCUUCUCGCACGAAGAGCUUAUCUGCAAGAUGGCUGCUUGCCCAGAGAAGCUGGACCUGAACUUGGCCGCCGCUGUGCACAAGGAGAUGUUUAUCUUGGUACAAGAGGAGCGCAAGUUGCGCAAGGCUCUCCUGGAUAAGGGCAUCACGGAGGCAGAGCGGGAGGCCUUCGAGCUGCUUCCGGAUGAUGAGCGCCAGUGUGACAAAUGCAAGACAACCUGCUUCCUGUCAGCCCUGGCAUGCUAUGAUUGCCCGGAUUGUCUCGUCUGCCUCUACCACAUCAAUGACCUCUGCAAGUGCCCCAGCAGCAGGCAGUACCUCAGGUAUCGCUACACCCUAGAUGAGCUCCCAACCAUGUUACACAAGUUGAAGGUCCGAGCAGAGUGCUUUGACACGUGGGCCAACAAGGUUCGAAUUGCUUUGGAAGUGGAAGAUGGACGCAAGAGAACCUUGGAGGAGCUGCGUGCCCUGGAGUCGGAGGCGCGUGAGAGGAAGUUCCCCGAGAAUGAGCUGCUUCAUCGGCUCAAAAGCUGCUUGAGCGAAGCUGAGAAGUGCGUCUCAGAAGCCCUGGGACUAAUAAGCAGCCAAGAAACUGGGGAGCCAUCAGUCCAUAUGACAGUGGAGGAACUGCGUGCCUUCCUGGAGCAAAUGAGCAACUUGCCCUGCGUCAUGCACCAGAUAAAGGAGGUCCAGGGUGUGCUGGAGAAGGUAGAAGCUUUCCAAGCAGAAGUUCAGGAGGCCCUGCAGGACCUCCCAAGCGACUCUCCAGAGCUGCACAAAUUGCUGGCUCAAGGGACACGGCUGGGAGUGGAGGUGCCAGAGAUGGAACUGCUGGAGAGGCAGGUGCAACAGGCCGUCUGGCUAGAGGAGGUCAAGCGGACUCUGCGUUCACCCCAGGAUAAAGUCACGCUGUCUGUCAUGAGGGCACUCAUCACGUCUGGCUGUGGGGUUGCCCCUAGCCCUGCUGUGGACAAGGCCAUGGCUGAGCUGCAGGAGCUACUCACCAUCGCCCAGCGUUGGGAGGAAAAAGCCCAAAUGUGCCUGGAAGCCAGGCAGAAGCACCCGCCAGCUACACUAGAGGCCAUCAUCAAAGAGGCAGAGAACAUCCCAGUGCACCUGCCCAAUAUCCUGUCACUCAAGGAGGCACUCUCUAAGGCGCAGGCUUGGAUUGCUGACGUGGAGGAGAUCCAGAAUGGGGACCAUUAUCCCUGCCUGGAUGACCUGGAGGGGCUUGUGGCUGUGGGUAGGGAUUUGCCGGUGCGUCUGGAGGAACUGCGUCACUUAGAGGUACAAGUGGCCACUGCACAUUCCUGGCGGGAGAAGGCCACCAAGACCUUCCUCAAAAAGAACUCCUGUUAUACGUUGCUUGAGGUGCUUUGCCCAUGCGCAGAUGCUGACUCGGACAGCAUCAAACGCACCAAGUGGCAGCGGGAGAAGGAGCCCGGCCUGUACAAAUCUGACACGGAGAGCUUGGGCCUCUCAGCACAAGACCUCAGGGACCCUGGCUCUGUUCAGAUCGUGGCCUUCAAAGAAGGCGAGCAGAAAGAGAAAGCAGGGAUCCUACGCCUACGCCAGUCAAAUGCCCAGAAGCCUGUGCCGUCCACACACAGUCCUCCCGGAGGCCAGUACUGUGUGUGUUCCCAGCCUCCGAGCCCUGCCAUGCUGCAGUGUGAACUGUGUCAGGACUGGUUCCACACCACUUGUGUGGCUUGGCCCCGCCUGGGCACCCCCCGGCCCUCUCCGGCAUGGUGGGAGUGGGAAGCCAAAUUCCUCUGCCCGCUGUGUCAGCGCUCUCGCCGGCCCCGCCUGGAGACGAUUCUGGCCCUGCUCGUGGCCCUGCAGAAGCUUCUUGUGCGGCUACCGGAGGGCGAAGCCCUGCAGUGCUUGACGGAGCGAGCCAUUACGUGGCAGGACCGGGCCCGCCAGCUCCUAGCCUCCUCAGAUGUUGUCACUGCCUUGGAGCGUUUGGCGGUGCUGCGGCAACGGCUGCUUGGGGACUCUGCCAAGGAGGCAGGUGCCCUCAAAGAGAGCAGCUGUAAUGAACAGACAAAGGUUUCCUUGGAGAAUGGAGACUCCACUACUCCAGAGAAGAACAGCUCCUGUGCCUCAGACCUGGAGAUGCUCUGCUCUUACCUGCCGCAGCUGCAGGGCCCUGUACUGGAGCUGACAGAUGCCAUCCGCCUGCCCCUGGAAGAGCUGCUAAUGGAGGGGGACCUUCUGGAGGUGACGCUAGAUGAGAGUCAGAGCAUUUGGCGCCUGCUCCAGGCUGCUUGUGCCCCACAGCUUGACAAAUUCCACCAGCUGCUGGAUCUGGAGCAAGCAGAGCGGCGCGGCACCCGUGGGCGAGGCCGGGACUCAGAGCGACGGCGGAAGCGCAAGUCAGAGCAUGGGGGCUCCCCGCCCCUGCCCAAGGAGGAAUUGGAGCCAAAGAAGAUACGGGGAGCAGACCCAGUGCUGCCCCAGGGUGGGGCUCCCCCUGCAGCAGGCACCGAUUGCAGCCACAAUGGAGUUGGGUUGUGACGGCUAGACGAUGCCUGGAUUUCCCCUUCCUGGACUGGACUGCACUGCAAGGGACUCUGGCAGCCCCAUGGCACCCUGUCGGUUUGACUAGCACUCUGCAUGGGGGGUGGGGGGGCACCCAGCUCCAGAAGCUGGGGGCUGCAACUCCCCCCCCCCCUCCAGGACUCGGCACUGGCCCUGCACCAGACUAUUUUCAGACGAUGUAAUAUUUCAUUUUCUUUUUCCUCCUUUUGUAUUGUUGAUACCUCGGAAGCGGGAGGCAUUGGAGGGGUCACCAACAUGCAGGGCCCACCUGUUCCUUUUAGUGGCGGCAGAGAGCACCACCCUACUGCUGUAAGGACUAGAACCUUGCAGAGAUCGGUUAUGGGUGGUAGCAGAGUGUGCUGGAACUAUGCCCAGCUCCUCGCUCCAGGCAGUAAAAGGAGCCAGGUGCCCUCCUGAGGGCAGUGCCCUGCUCCUCGUACCAGCAUUCCCUGGAUAUAAGAGAGACAGCGCCUCCUGUUGGACAGAGGGGCGGCUUUCCCCGAAUACCCCUACCCUCCUCUGGUACCUGUUGGGUUUUAUAGGAAUUGGGGUAACCACUUUGUUCUUUAGGGUGGUGGAAAGGGCAAGGAAUCUUCUAGUUCCACUCCAACCUCACCAUCCCACCCCCAAAUCAUAAGCCCCGUGCUGCCUCAGGCGCUGACACUAAAAUCUUUUGUCUUUCUCUUUUUAGUGUUUUCCUUUUAUUUUCUCCAGCAGAGGAGGGUGGGCUGUUGGGGGUAGGGAGGGGUGUGUUAUUUUAUUGUAUUAUGAUUUUUUUUAUUAUUAUUAAACUUUGGAGGUUAAUGAACUUACUUGGAUUUGGGGUGAGGGGGGAGUCUGACCAGCCAUCAUGGGUGCUGCUGAUGGCAGUUGUAAUGUAAAAGUAGGCACGCGCGGAUUGAUUGCCGGCUACCUCUCCUGUAACUUCCUACUGUGUAGGACAGAUGUGGAUUAAUGAGAAGUCUUGAUUAGCUGUUUCUUCCUUUUGAAA